CAGAUUUGACAUAUUUCUGUGACCAUUGUGGGUUUUCUUUUAUUAACUGAGGAAUAUAUACCACGUAUGUAUAUAACGUACACGAUUAUAGAUUAAAUAAAAAUGCACUGGAUUAUUCCAGUACAUUCAAAAAAGAUUUCGGAUGUCCUGAACAAAAGAUUUCAGGAGCAACAAAAUCACAAAUGUUUCAUAAAUAGCAAACCAUGCAUCUCUACAGAUCCUGAGUGAUCCAUGUUAUGCUUGGCAUGCUUUUCAUCUCAACGCUGCAGGCCAUGUCACAUGGCAUGACUCCAAAACUCUUGCCUUAUCACCACACUGGGUGUGGCGCUUCAGGAACAUGAACCAACAGACGAAUCCUCUGCCUGGCAAAACAGGUUCAGAGGAAAGCAGCAGCCAUGGCGUCUGUUUCGUACUCUGAGGAACUGACUUGUUCUGUCUGUCUGACCAUCUUCACUGAUCCAGUCAACCUUCCUUGUGGACACUCUUUCUGCAGGCUGUGCAUUUCAGAAGUGCUGUCCACACAGCAGCCCUGUCCACUGUGUGGGACAGCUGUAGCACUGGAGGCAGCAAGCCUCCCAACGAGCCUCGUUCUGAAGAGCCUGGCUGAGAAAGCCAAGGCGAAGCCGGACGAAGGGAAACGUCUGACAGCAGAGCUGGCUGCACUCUGUCCUGAACAUGAGGAGAAGUUGAAGUUAUUCUGCAUCACAGACCAGCAGCUAGUUUGCAUCAUAUGCAGAGAUAGUGAGGAGCAUGAAGGUCACCAGUUUAAACCAGUCAAACAAGCUGCUGCGUCCCUCAGAAAACAGCUGGAGAUGUUUGAGCAAUGCACUGCCGAUGAUAUUCAUGCUAUAGAAAGUCUUGCUGAUGCACAAAAGGACGAAAUGUUUAAAACCAGAGAGAAAUCUCAGCAGCUGCUGGCUCAGAUCAGCAAACAGUUUGAGGAGAUGCAUCAGUUUCUGAGGAGGAGAGAAAAGGAGAUAAAGAGCGAGCUGAAGCACAAGGAGGAAGAAAACGUUGAGAAAAUGAGAGAGACUUUCCAAGCUAUAGCCGUGGCUUUGUCUGAGAGCAGAGAGCUGAAGGAAAAAGUCUCCACUGUUCUGAAAAUCACAGAACCGGAGAGCUUCUUAAAGAGCUGGACAGAGGGGAAGAGCGAGGGGGCGCUAGAGUAUGUGUUCAGGCCCAGAGUGAAUGAACUCCAACUGGUGGAUUCUUCUCUCUCUCUGGGGCCGUAUGAGAGCCACCUGCAGUUCUUCAUGUGGAAGGAGAUGCUUCAGGUGAUCCAGCCCCGGGCAGAGCUGCUGACGCUGAAAAGCGACAGUGAGGAUCUGGUCGUGUCUGAUGACGAGAGGAGUUUGUUCUGUAAACCCAAAGCACCACAACCCUUCGCAUUCUCCAAAUCACAAACAUGUUUGCAGAGCCAGAAAAUAUAUUCUGCACCGGUUUUUGGAGGCAGUUCUUCAUUUGGUACAACUAAUGACUUCAUCCAAAACCCGUCUGGUGCUCAAGCCACUGUAGACUUACAAACUGCAUCCAGUGUCAUUGAGUUCGGAGCCGGGCAGCAUUACUGGGAAAUUGAGGUUGGCAGCAGAAACUAUUGGGAACUGGGGGUUAUACAUAAUCUCCUGAAAUAUGACGGAGUAAAAUAUGCCACAUGUGGCCCGAAUGUCACCACGGAGCUCGAGUUUGGAAACAGACCCAGAAAGAUUGGGGUUUACUUUAACUGCUCUUCUAAAGAGCUCUCCUUCUAUGACGCAGACACCAUGACACACAUCCACACUGUGAGCGCUGUCUUUCUGACCGCACCAGUGUCCGCACAGAUUAACAUCCAACACAGGCAGCCGGAUCAUAGUCCUGUCACUGUCUGCUGGUACUGAGCAGUACUGCAGUUCAGCAGAAAUCACAGGAAGUUGAGCUCACAAAACAACUGAAAAGUACAAAACUGGACAAAAUAUGACCUAGAAUUAUACAAACUGUCGUGAAACAUUAGGGGUGUUUGGGAUCUGCUUGUGAAAAAUAUUUUCCCACAGCCAUGUACACUUGUCUCAACAGAUGUGUAAUGUAUAUACAGGCUUUUGUAAAUAAUAAUACAAAAUAAAAUAUGUAAGAUGUAUUUGAUUUUUACUGCGAUUUGGAGAGAGAAAAACAUAAGAUGAUUGUCUUCACAAUCUAAGAGUCAAUUGAAAUGUUUUUUAUUUGUUUUAUUAUUUCAUCUUCCAUGCAGCGCUUUAUUGUUAACACCGGACGUCAUGAUGUAACUCUACCAAAAUGCUCAAACAAAUACAGUUUGAAGCAGAAUAGAAAUAAAAGAUUUGAUGAAAAUUUUUUAAAACUUGAGAUUUUGUCUGACUUGGACAUUGAGUUUGACUGGAUGUAUUUAUCUUGAUGUCUAAAACGCCAUCAUUAAUUGACGUUGAGACAAAACAUAAUGACUUAGAAGAAUAUGUUUGAACUUUCUCUGAACAUGUUCUGUGUCUUAUUCUCUGUACACAAAUUAAUAAAUUUACUCACAUAUUA